AAGGUCAGACCUGUCAAACAUGGCGGCGCGCAGUGUGUUGCGCUCCGUCUGGAGCUCGUUUGCGGGUUUAAAACUCGGGGUUUCGGGCUCCAAUGUGGGAAUUCUGCAGCGGGUAAAUGUUCCUCUGGUAUCCGCUGUGACCGUCCCGAGCAGAGGGAUCCGUCAAGUGGUGGAGAAGCAGGACGGUAAAACCACAACCAUUGAAGGUCGUAUCCUGGACGUCCCAGCGGCGCCUCAGCCUCCAAACCCCGAAGCCAAGUGUCCCAUCUACAGGUGGAACCUGCAGCACAAGUACAACUACACGGACGUCCUGCUGCUCAGCCAGUUCAUCAGGGCUGAUGGAGGAAUGCUGCCCCGGAGGAUCACCGGCCUCUGUCUAGAGGAGCAUCGCAAGAUUUCCAUCUGUGUGCAGAUGGCUCACAGAGCAGGUUUGCUGCCGGAUCACAAACCCAAACUCCCAGAAGGUCACGUCCCAAAGAGGCCGAAGCAGCAGCUGAACAGAUACCUGACCCGCUACUCCAUCGACUCGGUGAAACCCAUCUACAAAAAGGGGCUGAAGUGGUGCAAGAAGCGAAUGCCCGUCGGUCACCCGUUCCUGAAGGACAACGUGCGCUACAGCGUGAAGCCGCUGUACAUGCAACACUGACGGACUGGACUCAGCCGGGUCGGAGGUUUACCUUGACUUCUGUCCCGGUGUCGUGGGAGUAACGGCCCAGAAAGCUUCAUCCAUCUGUAUUUAUUCUGUUGUUUAUGAAGCUGACUCACGCUCGGCUCCACCCGGGACCAUCCAUCCUGAGCGCCGGGCCUCGGGGAGCCCUUGAAAUGAAGCGAACGUGAGCAGCGCCUGGGUCAGUGUGACAGGUUCUGAGGAGGUGGUUUGGUCUGCUGUGUAAACUCAAGGCAACGCAGAUGUGCAAAUAAAAUCCUGUGUGUUUA